UGGCGGAAGACACCGGAGGGUUUUCGGGCCGAAAGGAAGGAAGCAAGCAUCGCAGGCAUUUCCGGAGGGAGCGGAAGUGCCGGCCGGUGUGUCAUGGCGGCGCCCGUCUCGGAGAGUGCCGAGGAACCGGCGGCGGAAGCCGAGGCGCUGGCCGCGGCCCAGGAGCGGAGCCGCCGGUUCCUGAGCGGCCUGGAGCUGGUGAAGCAGGGCGCCGAGGCGCGCGUGUUCCGCGGCCGCUUCCAGGGCCGCGCGGCCGUGGUGAAGCAGCGCUUCCCCAAGGGCUACCGACACCCGGCGCUGGAGGCGCGGCUCGGCCGGCGGCGGACGGUGCAGGAGGCCCGCGCGCUGCUGCGCUGCCGCCGGGCAGGCAUAUCUGCCCCCGUUGUUUUCUUUGUGGACUAUGCAUCCAACAUCCUGUAUAUGGAAGAAAUCGAAGGCUCAGUGACCGUUCGAGAUUAUAUCCAGGCCACCAUGGACGCUGAGAAGGCCCCUGAGAGCCUCUCCGGCUUAGCCAGAACCAUGGGGCAGGUUCUGGCUCGGAUGCACGACCAAGACCUCAUCCACGGGGACCUCACCACCUCCAACAUGCUCCUGAAGCCGCCGGUGGAGCAGCUGCGCGUGGUGCUCAUAGACUUCGGUCUGAGUUUCGUUUCGGGGCUUCCGGAGGACAAGGGGGUCGACCUGUACGUGCUGGAGAAGGCCUUCCUGAGCACGCACCCCCACACCGAGGCCGUGUUCGACGCUUUCCUCAAGAGCUACUCGGCCUCCUCCCGCAAGGCCGGGCCGGUGCUGCGGAAGCUGGAUGAAGUGCGCCUGAGGGGCAGAAAGAGGUCCAUGGUCGGGUAGAAGCGCGGGGGCGGCAGCCGCACGCAGCAAAGGCUUUUUUAAAGAUGAAUUUGACUUGUACAAAUAGGUGAUAAGACCUAAAUAAAUAUGUUGAGAUAUUUUUAA